AUGACAAACGGCUCAAAAUCUACGCAUAUCACAUUCACGCUGCGUACUGUGUGGCCUUAUGGGAUUCAACUAUGGGGCACUGCCAAAAAAACCAAUCUACAGAUUAUUCAGCGAGUGCAGAACAAGAUCAUAAGGCAGGCACUGUAUGCACCUAGGAGAGACUGUUACCGAAGGCCACACAGUGUAUUCAAAGUUGCAAGUGCUCUAUUUUACGGUUUUGCAUCUUUUAUGAUCACUGUAGUCAAUAAAACGAUUCUAACCUCUCAUCAUUUUCCAUCGUUCCAAGUUUUAGGACUAGGACAGAUGAUGGCUACGAUUAUUUUAUUGUUCUGCGCCAAGAAUUUGUCAAUAGUCAAGUUCCCUGAUUUUGAAAAGUCCACGUUCAGGAAGAUCUUCCCAUUACCUUUUAUUUAUCUAGGUAACAUGGCCUUCGGUCUUGGAGGCACACAGUUUCUGAGCUUGCCCAUGUUUACGGCUUUAAGAAGAUUCUCAAUACUUUUCACAAUGAUUUUGGAGCUUAAGAUCUUGAAGAUAUAUCCUAAUAAAGGUGUGCAGAUCAGUGUGUAUGCUAUGGUCUUCGGAGCCCUGUUAGCAGCCAGUAGUGACUUAUCAUUCAGCUACAUCGGUUAUUCGUACGUUAUGCUGAAUAAUAUAUUCACUGCUGCCAAUGGAGUGUAUAUGAAGAAGAAGUUAGAUGCUAAAGACUUAGGAAAGUAUGGCUUAAUGUUUUAUAAUGCUUUAUUCAUGCUUGGACCGUCCGUAGCCUUAGCAUAUUGCACUGGAGAUAUCGAUAAGUCUUUGCAAUAUGAACAUUGGGACGAUAUGUUUUUCUUAGUACAAUUUUUAUUAUCCUGCGUUAUGGGUUUUGUUUUAACCUACAGCACUAUUUUAUGUACUCAUUACAACAGUGCGUUGACUACGACAAUUAUUGGCUGUUUGAAAAACAUUUGUGUCACUUAUUUGGGUAUGAUAAUAGGUGGUGACUAUGUUUUUUCGUUUGUGAACUUUCUAGGAAUCAAUGUGAGUGUUCUUGGGAGUCUUUUAUAUACUUAUGUUACAUUUAGAAGAAAAGAACCUGUUGCAAAACAACAAGCAAAGAUUGAAUCAGUUUGAGAGGAAAUUUUUGUACAGAUCUGUAAUAUUUUUUACCAAAACAAGUU